AUGAGCAUUACAAAUGAAACCAGUAUCUCUGACUUCCUGCUCCUCGGCUUCUCUCAACACACAAAGCAUCAGCCUCUCCUGUUUGGGCUCUUCCUGGCCAUGUACCUGGUCACCAUUCUGGGGAACCUGCUCAUCAUCCUGGCCAUCAGCUCUGAUACCCACCUCCACACCCCCAUGUACUUCCUCCUGGCCAACCUGUCCUUCACCGACACCUGCUUCUCCUGCACCAUCGUCCCCAAGGUGCUGCUCAACAUCCACACACAGCACUACACCAUCUCCCACACUGGGUGCCUCGUGCAGAUGUUCUUCUUCAUGGAACUGACUCUGCUGGAUGACUUCCUGCUGGCUGUGAUGGCCUAUGACCGCUAUGUGGCCAUCUGCCUUCCUCUCCACUACACCACCAUCAUGGGGCCCCAGCGCUGCCUGCUGCUGGUCACCGCAUCCUGGCUCAGCUCCUACCUCCUGGCCUUCUCCCUCUGUCUCCUCAUGUCUCAUUUCUCCUUCUGCGCCUCCCAUGCCAUCCCACACUUCUUCUGUGACCUUCUCCCUCUCCUCAAACUUGCCUGCUCAGACACUCGCAUCUUUCAGCUCACCAUGCUAACAGAAGCAGCCCCCUCAGGACUGAUCCCUCUCACCUGUGUCCUAGUCUCAUAUGCCCACAUCAUCCACACCAUCCUCAGGAUCCCAUCUCCUGGGGGGAAGCACAAAGUCUUCUCUACCUGCGGCUCUCACCUGACAGUGGUCACUCUCUUCUACGGGACACUCUUUCUGGUGUAUUUCCAGCCCUCAUCCUCCUACUCAGCAGACACUGGGAUGGCAGCAUCUGUGGUGUACACGAUGGUCACCCCCAUGCUGAACCCCUUUAUCUACAGCCUGAGGAACAGACACAUGAAGGGAGCUUUGUUGCAGUUGGUUGCAGUCCAAAAGGAAGGGCUCUGUGUCUCCAGCCAUAACUUCUUGGGGAGACAGCUGGGUAGCAAACCCAACCUCCGGCGUGAAAUGGUCACAGAUGGAGGCUGGUCAGCACUUCCAGUUCUGGGGUUCAUCACAUCCCUGAAGGCGCAGGCUGAAAGCACUGUGGAGAACGGGUCUCAGAGCACCCUUCCCCCAGCCCCAUCAGUGACCAUCACACAGCACCUGUGCAAGAACAGCGCACAAUUCACCCUGGUCAGGCGGAACAGCCUGGCUCCUGGAAUCACUCUCAGCCACUACACCAACCAAUGA